AUGGACAUCACUUGGAUUAAAAACAAGUUCCUUGGCCGACAAGUUGUUAAAGUUGAGGCCCUUAAAAACCAGUAUGUCACUCUGGAGGAUUUCCUAAGCGUGCCUGCGACCUUUUAUCGUUGCUUGGGCAUGGAUCCCUUUGUAUACAACAAGAACACCAGUAUCGCCAAGCAUUUGAUGUUCACGCUCCAAUUUGUUAUGCUGACUUUAACGAUAGUCAUGAUGCUGGAGCUUGCUUUGCUCAACGAAGACUUCUUCGAGUCCAUGCAGGUCCUUGGCUUCGCAACUUGCGGUAUCGCCGGAAUCCUGAAGGCAAUAUCAGUGCAGAUACAGAAGGAUAAGAUGAUCCGUUUGGUGCGCCAGCUAAGGUCCUGCUUCCCGUCCUCGUCCAGCGAGGAGGAGCAAAAGCAGUACGAGGUUGAACUCUAUCUCAGGCGAUUCAAUCGCUUCGCAAAGCCGUUUGGAGGCCUCUACCUGAUCCUGACCUCCACCUUCGGCCUGAUAUCCAUUGCGCAGUACGUCUUUCAGCGCUGGGUACUCCGUUCACCGAAUCCCACACAAUACUUGCCCUACGUUUCCCUGCUGCCAUGGGAGUGGCGCGACAGCUGGAGGUACUAUCCGACCUACUUGAUGCAGUUAAUCAAUGGCUACACAGUAACCUGGAGCCACUUAUCCAGCGACUCCAUGAUCUUUGCCGUGGUCAUGCAAGCUGUCAUGCAUUUCGACAGACUGACCCGGGCUCUCAGGGACUUUAAGGUUCGCAACAAUGGCACGGUGGGAAAGGCAGACGAGGACCUCAAGAACCUGGGAGCCCUGAUCGCAUACCACAGCCAAGUUCUCGGACUCGUCGAUGUUAUGAACAAAAUCUUUGGAAUUCCGUUGCUGAUCAACUUUCUGACCUCUUCGCUGCUCGUGUGCAACGUGGGUUUCCAACUAACCUUCGGCUUUAGCACAGAAAAUUUUGGUCCGCAAUUGAUGUUCAUAGCCACUGCUUUUGUGGAGAUCUAUCUAAUCUGCUUCUUCAGUCAGAUGUUGAUCGAUGCGAGUGGAAGUGUGAGCUUUGCAGCCUACGACAUGCACUGGUUGGAGGCGGACUCUAGGUUCCGAAAAAUGAUAGUGCUCCUAUGUAUGCGGGCCCAGAAGCCCAUUUGCCUUAAGGCCACCAAUUUCUUGGACAUAUCCAUUAGAACUAUGAGCGGAUUUCUUGAAAUAUCGUAUAAAUUCUUUUGUGCCAUUCGAAGUAUGUAUCAAUAA